UGUCUCUGCUCCGACAGGAUCUGUAUUACCAGUCCUACGCUCAGGUCGGGGUUCUGUUUGCUUCCAUUCCUAACUUUAAUGACUUCUACAUCGAGCUGGACGGAAACAACAUGGGUGUGGAGUGUCUGCGGCUGCUCAACGAGAUCAUCGCCGACUUCGACGAGCUCAUGGACAAGGAGUGUUAUAAAGACAUUGAGAAGAUCAAGACCAUCGGCAGCACGUACAUGGCAGCGGUGGGUCUGGUGCCCACCAUCGGAACCAAGGCCAAGAAAUCCACAGCAGAGCACCUGAGCACGAUCGCAGACUUCGCCAUCGAGAUGUUUGACGUUCUGGAUGAGAUCAACUAUCAGUCAUAUAAUGAUUUCGUCUUGAGAGUGGGGAUUAAUGUGGGGCCGGUGGUGGCCGGGGUCAUCGGGGCCCGUCGGCCUCAGUAUGAUAUCUGGGGAAACACGGUGAACGUGGCCAGCCGCAUGGACAGCACCGGAGUGCCUGGGAAGAUUCAGGUGACGGAGGAGGUGAACCGCCUGCUUCAGAGCGACUACGAUCUGGUGUGCCGCGGCAACGUGAGCGUGAAGGGCAAAGGUCAGAUGCUGACGUACUUCCUGGAGGGUAAAGCGCAGGACCCGGGCAGCCGAGCGCCGCACCACACGGGCGGUCUGGAGCGCAGGGUCCACGCCAUCGCCCGCUCCAGCAGCGUGUCCGUGUCCUCGGGCCUGGCCGCCCGGCUCGGGGUCAGCGGCGCCGCUCAGGGCUCCAGGAGCUCCGCCGCUAACGUGCCUACGCUAGGAGAAGAGCUGGACAUGUAGGACCGCAUCCCUGCUCCCGUCUUCAUCGGGUCCUGUCCUGUGGAUUCUGUCUCGCUGCAGGAACACCCAGGUUAAAAAACGCUCUGUUAUGUACUUAAUGUACUAAAAAUCAUCCUUCAGCACUUCUUAAGACAGACUAACCCUGGUGUGAUCUCUUGGAUAUUUUUGUCGUUACAUUUUUGCUACCAAAAUUUUGGCUCAGGUGUGUAUUUUGAGUGAAAUUUCACUAUUUCACCCCCCUUUUCUGAGAGAGACAAACUCUCUGUACAUCAGAAA